AUGGUGAUUUGCGGGAACAGCAAGGCGGCGCCUGAGUUGGUGAACUCUAAGACGUGGGUGUUAUGGGACAUGGACUCCUGUCCGGUUCCCGAUGGUUAUGAUGCUCGUCGGGUCCGUCCAAGCAUAGAAUCGGCGUUGAAGAAUUUAGGGUACAUGGGUCCUGUUACCAUCUCCGCCAUGGGCAACCUAGAGAAGAUCCCUUCUCAAGUCCUGCAAGGACUCUCUUCCACUGGAAUCGCUGUUAAACACUGCCUUUCCGAAGCAGUGGAUAGACACUUCUAUAAUGAUAUUUCGGAAUUCAAAUCCCUCAAUCCACCUCCGGCGACAAUAAUGAUCAUAUCCGAUAAGGUGGAAUCCGAAAUGACUCCUGAUCUUUGCCGGAGUCAACAAAUUAGGUGUGGAUACAACCUUGUUCUGGCAUCUAUAUAUCCUACUAGGGGGCACGUGUCGUCCUACUUGCACACUACUGCAGAGUGGCUCUGGGAAACCAUGUUGGGGGCUGAUCAACAGGAGACGAGAAGCUUUGUUCUUCACAAGUGCACUGAAUCUGGAAAAUCUACCCCGCUUUUCUGCGGUUCAUGCAAUUUUACUGCCCCAAGCGUUACAAAUCUCACCCGUCAUCUCUCCAGUAAAAAACAUAAACGGGCGGAGAUUCAAAUGGUUGAGUCUAUGAAGCCAGACCCAGCGCUCAAUUACUGGGAUGAGCAUCCAAAGGGAAAGGCAAGUUUUAACAUCUCAAGUUACUUAUAA